AUGAAGAUUCCAAAAACCUCUUUGGCGGCGCUUCUCGGCGCAUACCAAGCAUCAUCCGCCAUGGUGAGCUCAUGCUCGGACAUCCUGCGCCCCGGAGCCCCAGAAUCGGUCGGGGUGCUAUCGCAGCCAUUGAGGGACAUGGUAGCCAACAUGUCGCGCUUCACCGAAGCCCGGAACUGGGGCGCGCCGACGCACAACCAGGUCCUACCCGUGGAGCCCGGUGGCAGCGUGCUCGUCGCGCGCCAUGGCCGCAUCGUCAGCCACUUUGCCUUUGGCAAGCGAAAUCUGUGGGCAUCGGUCGACGGGUACAACGGUAGCCUGCUGCCGAAGUCGGAUCAGGAGGACUCGACGACCGAUACCAUCUACGACCUGGCGAGCCUCACCAAGCUGUUCACCACGGUCGCAGUGCUACGAUGCCUGGACGCCGGGCUCGUGACGCUCAACGGCACAGUCGUCACCUGGCUGCCGCGGUUCGGGGCCAACGGCAAGGAGAGUGUCACGCUGCUGCAGCUGCUGACGCACACGAGCGGCUUCGACGCGGACCCAGCGAUCGGGCUAUGGACGCCGCGCUUUCCCACGUACGAGUCGCGCAUCGACGACAUCCUGGCGACGAAGCUCAUCAACGAGCCGGGCGCGGCGUAUCUCUACUCCGACUUGAACUUUAUGACGCUCAUGCUCGUCGUGGAAGCGGUAACCGGGAAGCGCCACGACGAAGUCAUCCUAGAGUUCACGUCGGCGAUGGGCAUGACGGACACCUACUUCAACCGGGACAACGUCGAGGGCGCCGCAUCGCCACGGUACCACCGCGUGGCUGCGCAAGAGUUCCAGGAGGCCGUGAGCUCCGUCUACGAGCCGCCGCGUCCGCAGCCGGUGCGCGGCACCGUGCACGACGAGAACGCGUGGUCACUGGUGGGCGUCGCCGGUCACGCGGGGCUCUUCUCGACCGCGCUGGACACGGCCAAGCUCGGGCAGAUGAUCCUCAACAACGGCACGUACGGCGGGGUGCGCGUGCUGAGCCGGGCGUCGGUGGAGCUCAUCUUCACCAACUUCAACGCGCGGUUCGGACCGCGGAAUGCGCACGGCGCCGGGUUCGAGCUGGACCAGGCGUACACGGCGGGGCCGAUGGCCAACAUACAGGCGGCGAGCCACACGGGCUUCACGGGGACGUCGCUGGUGGUGGACCGGGCGAGCGGGACGGUAUUUGUGCACCUGGCGAACAGGGUGCACCCGUCGCGGUACUGGAGCAGCAACAACGUGGCGCGACAGACGCUGGGCGCGUGGGUGGCGACGGCUCUGGGGCGGACGGUGCAAUUUCCGUAG